AUGGAGUUCAAGUGUUUGGUUGCAAAAGAAAGUGCUGAUGUCAUUAUACUGGAUGACAAUUUUACAACCAUAGUGAAUGUAGCUAAAUGGGGACGUACAAUAUAUAUCAACAUUCAGAAGUUUGUGCAGUUCCAGUUAACUGUCAAUGUUGUCGCACUAAUGAUCAAUUUUCUUUCUGCAUGCAUCUCAGGUGAGUUGGUCAAUAUCGCUCUGAUGAUCAAUUUUCUUUCUGCAUGCAUAUUGGGAUCUGGACUCCUUACGGUUGUGCAGUUGCUAUGGGUCAACCUGAUUAUGGACACACUAGGUGCAUUGGCAUUGGCUACGGAACCGCCAAAUGAGGGACUGAUGGAUAGGCCUCCUGUUAGGAGAGAUGUGAGUUUUAUUACCAAGGCCAUGUGGAGAAAUAUUAUUGGUCAUAGUGUUUAUCAACUGGCUGUCCUUUUAGUUCUUAAUUACAAUGGGAAGCAACUUUUGAGACUUACAGGAUCAGAUGCUACAGCCAUUCUCAAGACUUUCAUAUUCAACGCCUUUGUCUUUUGUCAGGUAUUAUUUGAGGUUUAGAAUAUUAUUUCGAUCAAGUUAUGUUUGCUAGUUCACUUGGCCACUAUUACAUCAUUUUUGGUCCAAAAGUAACUUUUGUUGCUUUUUCUGGGUUUUUAAUCUCUUAUUUGGGUAAAUAGAUGAAACUAGCAAACAUCCGAAAAAAACUGAUCAUGAAUCCACUGUCCACAUCAGUUACUUUGUGAAUCCUUCAGGUGUGUUGGAGUAUAGAUAGUAGUCUAGGUUUAUUAGGAUUCCUUUUCUCUUUUUUACCUUUACUAUGAUUUUU